AUGCGCUUCGCCAGUAUCUUCGCCGGCGUCGCCGCGCUCCUCCCCGCUUUCACCCGCGCGUUCAACAACCCCCUCAUCUGGAACGACCUCGCCGACCUCGACAUCCGUAACGUCAAUGGCGUGUACUACUACUCGGCGUCGACCAUGCACUAUUCUCCUGGUGCGCCGAUCCUGCGCUCCUACGAUCUGUUCAACUGGGAGUACGUCGGACACUCCGUCCCGACGCUCAACUUCGGGAGCAAGUACGACCUCACCAAUGGCCAGCGCGCAUACGUGAACGGCAUCUGGGCCUCCUUCUUUGACUACAACUCGCACACUAGCCAGUGGAUCUGGGGAGGCUGCAUCGACUUCGCGAAAACGUACAUUUACACCGCCUCCGCGGUCAACGGCACCUGGACCCAGCACGCAACGAUCAAUAAGUGCUACUACGACUGCGGCCUCCUCGUCGACGACGACGGGACGCUUUAUGUCUCCUACAGCUCAUCGGGCUCGAUCUACGUCGCCCAGCUCAACUCCGGUCUCAAUGGUGAGACCCGCUCGCAGCUGGUCUACACCCCUACAAGCGCCCAGGGCACCCUUGAGGGGACACGCAUGUACAAACGGAACGGUCUUUACUACAUCCUGACGGACCAUCCCGCCAGCGUCGAAUACACGCUCAAGGCCUCCAGCCCAUGGGGCCCGUACACGGCCAAAGCUCUCGUCAAUAGUGUCGCAACUCCCGUCUCCGGCACCGGCAACCCCCACCAAGGUGGGAUCGUCCAGCACAGCAACGGCAACUGGUACUACAUGGCCUUCGUCGACGCCUACCCCGGCGGUCGCGUCCCCGUCCUCGCGCCGAUCACCUGGGGCAGCGACAACUUCCCGAGCGUCACGCUCGUCAACGGCGGCUGGGGCGCGUCCUACCCCGACCCCACGACCGCAAACCCGCGCCCGUCGCUCACCGGCACGGACUCCUUCACCUCGCUCGGGCCCCAGUGGGAGUGGAACCACAACCCGGACACGAGCAAGUUCUCCGUCGGCUCCGGCGGGCUCAGGCUCUCGACGGCGUCGGUCACGUACGACCUCUACCAGGCGCGCAACACGCUCACCCACCGCAUCCUCGGCCCGUCCUCGACGGCGACGAUCAAGCUCUCGUUCGGGGGCAUGCUCGACGGCGACCGCGCCGGCCUCGUCCUCCUCCGCGACUACUCGGGCUGGGUCGGGAUCGGGCGCGACAACGGCACGUACGCGCUCCGGGUGCAGACCGGGCUCGCGCUCGACAUGAACAACAGCUGGACGACGAGCAGCGGCGGGUCGUCCCCGGUCUGGCUCGGCGUGCCGAGCGGGACGACGACGGUGUGGCUCCGGAUCGCGGCGAACAUCGCGGCGGGCUCCGGCCGCACCGCCUCGUUCUCGUACAGCUACGACGGGAGCACGUUCACGAACACGGGCGCGUCCCUCACGCUCGUCAACUCCUGGGAGUUCUUCAUGGGGUACCGGUUCGGGAUCUUCAACUACGCGACGCUCAACCUCGGCGGCUCGGUCACCGUCCCCUCGUUCACGCUCAGCACGUAG